GCUCGUUAGGCAUUUUCGUAAGCUCCAUUGCAGCGGCUCCUUGGCAGUCGGUACUCCGCACUCGGCAGGCGCCUCACGUCCGCGCUAUGAACAAUGACACCUCCUAAUCGGCCGCCGCUACGUAACCUCGCGCGCUCGUCUUAGGAGGCCAAUGUCGCGGUCCACUCGGACAGAAUAUCGAUUUUGAAGGAGAGGAUGACACAUCCGGCUAAACGGAAAUUUAGACAAGAAACUCGCUCGCCAACGGAAUAUGUAUAUAAGCGCAGCCGUCUUUGGCAAGGUAUCACUCGUUACCGAGCCGUCCAAGCAUAGAUAACUAUGAAGACUUUCGCUUGCGUCCUCCUGCUGGCAGCGAUGGGAGCCGCCGAGCCUCCGCUGUCUCGACAGUCGCGGAUCCAGUCCGCCAGGCAGCGGACCGAAGAGGCGCCCUAUCCCGCAGCCGGGUUCCGCCCAGCGACGGCGUUCGAGCUACCGAGUCGCGAAGCGGUCGCUCCGCCCUCGACGUCGUACGGCGUGCCUGCCACCAGCUACGGCGCCCCGCUCGCCACGUACGCCGCACCGAACACCGAGUACGGCCCGCCCGUCACCGAAGCUGGCGACGAUACGACAGAGGAGGUCGAAACUAUCGAAGGAAACGAAAACAAGAACGAGAAGGAGAGGCUCGAAGAGGGGCCGAAAGGCGAGGCUGAGGUGGUGAGAGCCGAGGGUGCGUACUACGUGCUGCUGCAGGACGGGCGGCUGCAGCGCGUGCAGUACCGCACAGAGAACGACGUACGCAACAUGGCAUACACGGCGCAGCUGCAGUACCGCGCCGAGGAGCGUGCGCCGCUGUACGUGUACACCGCCGCGCCUCAGUACCAGCCCGCCGCCGCUUACGUGCAGCUGCUCUGAACCCUUCUCUGAGGCUGCGUGUGCGUAUGCAUGAAAUAAAGAAACGAUCACUUUUUAAACUAAACUUCGUCAAACGUUGCUAAGGUGUUUUAAACUUAUUUCAAACACAAAGCACAUUUUAGAAACAAAAUAGAGUUAUAUUGAUAACGACAAUGACACGAAA